AUGGAAACGUUGCGUUCCCUAGAGCCAUUGCACCACGUCUGUCGAGUUGCCAAUCUGUGGCACUGGCGACUGGCAGCUCCGCCAGACACUGACGGCCUCCUGAUCCAGAGAUCACGCUUGUUGGAGGCCUACGGCUGGGGCGUCUGGGUGGCUGCCACCUGUGUCGCCGCCUAUGGCGUGUUUGUGGAGGGCGCCGAGAAGGACCCCGAGGAGACGUCCGUUACCAGCAUCGGGCACACGGUCGACUUUAUCCAGCUGGUGGGCAUGCGGGUGGCCCACUUGGUCGUCCUGCUAGAGGCCCUAUGGCAGCGAAAGGCGCAGCGAGAGCUCUUUGCGGAGCUGGGCGAGAUCGAGAGCCUGCUGGUGAAGGAGCUGCACGCGGACGUGGAUAGUGGUCGGAAGCGGCUGCGUCGCCAGUUAGGGCGACAGGCCGUGUGGCUGCUCUGGGGCUACGCGAUCAGUCAGAGCUUGAUUUUAUGCGCCAAGCUGCUGGGGCCCGGGCAUUACUUUCCGGUCUACUGGAUUUACUACCUGCUGCCCCUGAUGGUGUGUGGUCUGCGAUACUUCCAGAUCUUCACCGCCGUGCAGAUCGUGCGGUGGCACCUCGACCUCCUACUGCAGAGCCUGCAGCAGUUGCAGGUGAAGGCUGUGGUAUUAGGAGACCACGGAGGAGAGUGUCUGGAAGCGGAGAACAUGGCCAUGAAACGACUCUCGGCCGUGCGAAUAAUCUACCAGCGCGUCUGGGCUCUGGUAUCCUUGCUGAACCGCGGCUUCGGCAUCUCCAUGCUCCUUCUGGUGGGAAAUGACUUCCUGGCCAUAACCUCCAACUGUUACUGGAUAUUCCUCAGAUUCCGCCAGUCGGACGCCUCACUCGGCGACAUCCUGAACAUCCUGGCCAGCGCUUUGUGGUCCGCGCCCCAUUUGGGCAACGUGCUUAUCCUGUCCCUGCUCUGCGAUCGCGCCACCCAGUGUUGCACCCGCCUGGCCUUGGGCCUCCACCAGGUGAACGUGGACCUGCGAAACGACAUCCACAACGCUUUGAUCACUCAGUUCUCGCUGCAGUUGCUCCACCAGCGCCUACACUUCAGUGCCUCUGGAUUCUUCAACGUGGAUUGCACCCUUCUUUACACGAUCGUGGGCGCCACCACCACCUACCUGAUCAUCCUGAUACAGUUCCACAUGAGCGAGGGCUCUGAAGCAGGAUCAGGAUAAGCGUUUUUU